AUGUCUGGCGCUGGGGCUCAAGCUUCAAAUGACAAGCAGGAUGCCGGCUCUGCGAAAGAGGGGCUUCCUCCGCUUUCAGACCACGAGUUUAAGAUCUACAACCGUCUGGCAGAGAGAAUGGAUUGGUUUCACAACAACUUCCGGCGAUCCUGGAACAUCCUCUGGCAAGCCUGCACCACAGGCCGCCGCCCUCAAGGCUUGUCCAUCAAGCAGCUGCUCCAGAUCGGCGCCGAGUUUGCCGAGCAUCUCACCGUCCACCAUUCCAUCGAAGAGACGUACGUCUUCCCCCAGCUGGCGCGGCGGAUGCCCGAGUUCGACCCCAAGAAAGGAGACCUGGUGAAGCAGCACGCGCAGAUCCACGACGGGCUGGAGGAGUUUGAAAAGUACCUUGGGCAGGUCAAGAGCGGCGAGAGGGACUUUGAGCUGAGCGUCUUGAAGGAGAAGAUGGAGAGCUGGGGAGGAGUGCUGUGGACGCACCUGGAUGACGAGGUGAGGUCGCUAGGAGCGGAGAAUAUGAGAAAGUACUGGACGAUACAGGAGAUUCAGCGGCUGCAGAUGUGA